GGGCCUGGCCGCAAACUCCGCCCCCUCGCGGUACGUGGGGCGGAGCCGUGGCCGGGAUGGAAGAAGCUGGAGCAGAUCGGGCUAGGCUGGGCUGCCUGGGCUUCACCUUGAGUGUCCCAUUUCCAUCCCCCUUGGAGGCCCAAAUUGCUCAUGGCUCCCUGGCCCCUGACCCUGAGCCCCGCAAGGGGGGGAUCAGCAAAGAACUGACGGUGACCGAGAACUUCCUGCACGUGUGCUGGAAAGCAGAUGAGGCCCGGGUCCUGCGUGUUUCCAUCAGCUCCUUCCUGGACCAUCUCUCCCUGGUGAUACAGACCAUGGAGAUGUUUGGGCCCCCGGUACCCCGAUAGCACCUGCCUUCUGGCACUCUGGGGAGCCAGGGGAGGGGCAAGAGUCUGGGAAGAUGUCCUCUCAGCCCCCACUGCCUUGAAGAUGCUGGAGCUGGUGCUGCUGGGGGUGCAGGCCAGGCAUCAGCUGGACUGUCCUGGUUGGGGGGGAGCAGAGUUGGGGGGUGACAGAGACAGUCCCUGCAUUUGGCCAGCACCUUGGACUGGUUUCAGCUCUGAGGCUAGAAGAUCCUGUGGGGAGGGGGAUUUGGG